CCUGGGUAACAGAAUAUGCCUUAGGUAUGUAUGUACUUAUCUCCUAAGGCAGGUACUUUUCUAAAUGUGGCAGCCUUAUCAACCCCUCUUCACUGCCGCACAAUUUUGAAGUUUUUUCUUUUCUUUUCUCCUACCUCAUCUCCCAACCUUUUCUUUCUUUCUCUUUACAUGCCAUAUUUUAUCACCAUACCACAAUUCGAUUUCUCAUAAUGAGUCGUUUAUCUUUUCGACGAGCCUUCGACCCGGAUUAUUCCAGCCAAGAUGACGUUGGCUAUACCUACGGAGAAUAUGACGACAUACCAGACAUGCGCACAAUUAGACGCAAUGUUAGACAUAGCAUGCCCCGGUGCUGUAAUGAUUGUCUCCGCGUCCGUUCCGAAACCCUCGACGCGGUCCUUGAAGAGUUCGAUUAUACUCUCUCAGAGUUGAUCCGACUCGGCGAACAGAUAGAAGACGACGACUAUCCCGAUCUCGAAGACAUCCACGCCCUAAACCGGGCUAUGUUCAAUACAGUUGGCCGCCAUAACGAGUUUGACUUGAGAUGGUCGGUUGUGGCGCCUCUUACGCUUGCAAACACUGCCCCUACAAAUAUGCUGUCCCAUCAGCAGUUUUACGAGGCAUACCCACCGCAACCGGAAGCUUCGAGCUCCCGGCCGUAUCAGCAGCCUGCUCCUCCCGCGCAAUCUCCAUUCUUCCCGGUUCCCAGUACAGCCGUUGGCCCAUCCGUCCCGUCGAGCACUUCUGCAGCCAUUACCGCUAACCCGACCCGAAGAACCACUCGCGGAUCCCGAGGCCGAAGGCGUAGAAACAGACGGCCCCAAGCCGCAUCGCAGACGAGUUCGUACAAUGCGCCCUUGCCCGCUCCGCAGGUGCCCCCUCAGACCGCCCCUAGGAAUGCCCCUCAACCGUCUCCGAGCCCGUUCUUCAUGCCUCCGCAGCCAGUCCUAGGGCAAGUGCAGCCGGCGGGUAACCAGCCCAACCGCGCCACAGGUGUGCAAAAUGUCGCUUCACCCACGCCACAGACCCUCCCACAACAACCUCAGGUACCGCAGACUCCCGUGCUUCCAUCACCGGCCAGUAUCCCGGUGGUUAAAAGACCACUUGCAUGGCCUAGUUUCGCGCCAAAGCCACUAGGUCCAAGCAAGCCGCCUCAAGCGCAACUCGCUCGCCAGGCCACGAGCAGCAAGCGGGGAACCGCUACUUCUGGAGAGGACACCGAGACGUUCCCCGGCUACGAGCUGUACGUCGUCCGGUUACCUGCUCCCGAGCUCGACUGGGACGAGUGCUUCGGCACGCAGGAGGACGUAGCCGCUGCCGUAGCGGAAAUAUACACCAACAAAGUUCAACCCAUCAUCCGGUCGGCAGAUAGCGGAGUGCCUAGCGGGAAAGAGGUGGUGCUCGGGCUGCGCAGCGAGGAAGACUGGAAAAACCAGUGUGCGCUCUACGCGCUCAACAAGGCCUUCAACAUGAUGCUGGCCUACUGCGAGGCCUUGGCCAGACAGGGCGAGAAUGUCAGGUACGGCGAGCACCAAGCCGAGCAAUGCGCCUCGAUGCCGGGCGACAAGAUCCACGAUGACAGCGCGAGGUCGCUGGCUAUCAUACGGAGCUACAUGGAAUUCCAAUACGGAAGGUGACUGACUGCGGGCAAGAAACGCCUUGAUGUUGUUGAUUUAGAGGGAAAAAGGGGGGUUGGGGGUUCAUAUGAGAAGAUGCACGACAUGCGCAUUCUAGGGUGAAAACUACUUGGUCUUGAUAGAGAAAAAGUAAGCAUUUCCACACAGCCUGCAUCUCAUAGGAUCCAUAGGGAGUAAAUGAUCAAUACACACCUAAAUCCUCAUUCAUAUAUCCUCACUUAUCGUUU